AUGGAUGUUUUAGCUAAAUAUACACCACUACUAAUCAACUCUAAAAAAAUACCUUUACUUGAAAUACGAUUGGUUUGUGUAUAUCUGCAAAACGAGGCACUGGUAGUCGAUAGCAGUGAUCAAGUCUACAACAUUGUCAACAAUGUUAUUAUCGGUAUGCCUGAGCUUAACGGUCAGGGAGUCCAGAAAUUUACGUACAGUGUAGCCAUCGAUGACGAUAUACUUGACUAUAGCAUACUGGCCCUUACGGCCGACCAUAGACUAUACGGUUGGGGUCGUAAUCAUUCGGCACAGGUAUUUCCCUGGUGUCGACGGGAACCGUAUCUGUCAAUUGUCGGCCCGAAACAGUUACGCUACUAUCUGUCAGCGUUCAGCUCCCGUAUCGAGCAAUUUACGGACAUGGCCUGCGGUUUGUGGCAUACAAUGGCCAUUACCGGCGACAACAGUGCAGUCAUUGUCUGGGGUUACAACCGUUACGGACAGUUCGGUAAUAAUCGAUUGCCCGGUGAUCGACGGCCGUGGCGUCUGAGACUACGCGGCAAACAUCGCACGGCGGACGGCAGCCGACAACUACACAGUCUGACCAUUAGCCGUGUAGUGUGCGGUACUGCACACUCGCUGGUGUUGACCGACAAUGGUCAACUGUACGGUUUCGGUAACAACUUGUUCGGCCAGUUAGGUUUGAUGCCCAAUAAAAACCGCAAAUGUCCCCGGCUAGUCCUGACCAAUGUUGCCCGAGUCGAGUCGCAAAAUCUGCAUACACUGGCACUGACCUACGAUGGCCAGAUCUAUCUGAUGGGUUCGAACCAGUUUGGCCAGCUGGCCACUCGCGGUACACGCUAUUGUCAUCAUCCGGUCCAAGUGCCCGAUACUACUACCAUCACCAGUAUCCCCACCACCACCAGUGUAUUUGUCGAUAUUGCUACUAUUGGCGGUUUAUCAAUGGCUGUCGACACCGGCGGCCAGUACUAUGUAUGGGGUCUGUGCGGUCCAGAGCGUGUAAUACCGGAGCCAACACCUGUACCGUACAAAUCGUUCGCUAAGAUAGCGGCCGAUCUGACCGGUCUGACCAUCAAUACAUUUGAUAUCACAACAACAACAACAACAACAGUAGUGGACGACCCCCGGGAAGGGGUCAGUGAUGUUGAUGGUGGUAGUGGUAGUAGUUGUGGACGCAAACGUCGUGAACCAAAAUCACUGAUCAAAUGGUUAUCGGGAAAGGGCUAUAGUCUGGAUGAUUGGUUAAGCGAUGGAGGAGUUUUAGCCGAUAAAAACAAUAAUAAUACUAAGGGAGAGAUAGCUGAACAAAAUGGUGAGGACAGGGAGGAUGAGGACGAGGAUGAGGAAAGACAGGGACAGUCGAUGAGGGAAACAAAUGUCUGCCAAUUGGUCGGCAAAAACAUGUACGUCAACGGCAACUGUUUUGUUAGUGAUGUAUCCUUAACCGGCAAAAAUCAAUCGAUACAACACGUCAAGCUAAUCAAUGGCAAAUCGUGGAGUGUAUGGGGAUAAUAAUAAUAAUAAUAAUAAUAAUAGGUAUACA